AUGUGUCAUAAAUACUAUUGGAGCCAGAGAAAUGAUGACGCCCAUAAUGCAUUUAAUGCCGCCGACGAAAUUGAGCAAGAGCAUCCUACUGUUUCUACAAUCCCUUCCAAUAAUCAGGCUUUUAAACCAAAGCAAUCAGAUGUUGCUGCUAAAAUAACACAGAAAAAAGUCGAUUCCAAAGGCGACGGCUAUGUAGAGAAUACAUGUAGUGACCAUGGGAUUACUGAAAUUGAGCAACAACUGCAACAUAAGAAGUUAUCAAGAGAUGAAACGGACCAUUUAAUAGAGUUACUGCGAUCAAGAACAACUGAUCUUUCUGAUAACAAUGGACGUGCUAGAGAAUUAAAAUUGGAAGCUUCAGAAGUUAUACUGAGUCAGAGAGAUUUAAGAAAAUCGUCGAAAGUGGAACAUGAUGUGCCAUCUGACUUUAGGAUGAUGUGGAAGCCUUCUGAACAUUCCCAAUUUACAGCAAAUGAUGUCAGCUCUUCGCCAAUUGAAAUUGCAAAAGCUUACAUGGAGGCCCAAAAAGCAGCAUCUGGGAGAUUGAAAAGUGAAAAAAAUUCCUUCUACGUUGAUAAUGUUGCAUCUGCAUCUAGGCUAUCCUUAACGCCUGCUGCUAAGUCACCCAAAUGCUGGCCAGGUGCAAUUGUGCAGAGUGAUCAUGGCUAUGUUACUCCUCAAAGAGGCAGUGUUGAACAUCAUCCUCGUACCCCUUAUUCUCGUUCUCUAUUCUCAAAAUCUACUUCCAAGUUCCAAAUUAAUUCUGAGAGACGUAACCAUUUUUUUGGACGUAACAUGAAGACGUCUCCAAGGGCAAAUUCUGUUCAGCGUGACGGCUUUGCACCACUCAGCCCUAUGCAUCGUAAUCAACAGAGAAAUAUUGAAUCCACAUCAAAAGGAGCUCGCCCGUCUAAUCUGGCAACUUCUUUCUCUUUACUGGCAAAAUCUGAUGCCUCGAGCGGCUUUUCAUCUGCCAGUGAAAGAGACAAUUCAUCAAACAAGGGGUUGGUGGAUGAAACAUCCAGAUAUGCUGCUGAUAUAACACCUGUUCAUCCACAGUCCAGUUUAAUGGCGAGAAAAAUUUUACAACACCUUGAUCGAUCUGUUCCCUCUCCAAAAGAGAAGUUACUUGAGAUAAAUCUGGCAAGGAAGGGGACUCCUCCAAAGUCAGAAGGUUUCAUCAGAGAUGGCCAGAGAGAGACAUCUGAUUUGAGCGUCGCAGAUGAGCAGAAUGCUGGCUGCUUGAUAAGAGGAGAUGCGGUUUCCCGUGAAAAAGAGGACGCACAAAAGGUUUUGUUGGGGAAAUCUAUAAGCACUUCUGAUGACAAGAUCCAACUGUCAUCACUUUCUCAAACCAGCAAACAAGACAUCUCCCUGGGCACGGCUUCUAGUUUUUCAGCAUUCAAGGCACCAAACAUAACAGAAUCUGCCACAAUCCAGCCACCAGUUAGCUUCGCUCAGAAACACAAGAGUUAUGAUAAUAACGGCUUCAGCUUUACCUUUUCUGCUCCUUCAAGUCAAGCUGCAAUUUCUGAAGCACCACCUACACCGACAAUGGCAUCAACUGCAGCUACUGACAGGACACUUGAUGCUGAUGAAGGAAAAAUCCCAUCUUUUCAUUUCGGUUCCACCAGUAACAGACUUGUUUUCUCAUUUGGCUCUGAUAUCAGCUCUUCGCAUGUUGAUGUUACAACUCCGAGUUUUAAGUUUGGGAGCGAGGAGAAGAGAUGCCUAUCUUUCAAGCCGAUCGGAAGGCAUGCCAUUUGCCAUUCGUAAACAUUGAGACAAAAACUACUAUUCUUUGCUGUUGUUUCUAUAUGAUGAUAUCCAUGUAAUGGUAUUCACAAAAUUGUUUACAUAGUAUAGAUUUUGUGUUGGUGAAAAUGGUUACCUUCGGUUUUUUUCCUGGUA